GUGAAGUAACUCUUGUGUAGAAAGUACUUUCAGCUUGGUACGUCGUAAUUACGAAAGAAUUUAGAUUAUCCAAGAAGAAAAAUGGUUUAUAAAUGCCUUCUUUGUGAUGUGAUUUUUCAUGAUAAAUAUUUAUACCGUUCUCAUCAAUUUAAAUCAUUCAAUGGAUAAACAUCGGUGCAAAGUCUGCCAACAGGGAUUUGUAACUGAAAAAGCUUUAUUAGAACACAUGAAUGGCAUCCACCCAGAAGCGAAACCUUAUGUGUGUGGACAAUGCUCUAAGGGUUUGAAAACUAAAAAAUCUUUUCUUCAUCAUCUAAAAAUGCAUUCAAGGAAACCGUAUAAAUGUACAGUUUGUCCUGCAGAUUUUACAACUGAAGAAAAACUAUUACAGCACAACAACGACCAUGAGAUUUUUACAACCCCUACUCAACCCUUGCAGGAACUAUCGAUGCAAACUUGUUCUUCUGGUCAAAACGUGCAACAACCAUGGAUGGAAGCGGGUCCUUCAACUCGAAACGUGCAGGAACCAUCGAUGGAAGAGGAACCUUCAACUGGAAACGUGCAGGAACCAUCGAUGGAAGAGGAACCUUCAACUGGAAACGUGCAGGAAACAUCCAUGCAAGCGGGUUUUUCUACUCGAAACGUGCAAGAAUCAUGGAUGCAUGCAGGUUUUUCAACUCGAAACGUGCAGGAACCAUCGAUGCAAAAAAAACCUUCAACUCGAAACGUGAAGGAAACAUCGAUAAAAGAGGAACCUUCAACACGAAACGUGCAAGAACCAUGGAUGCAAGCGGGUCCUUUAACUAGAAACGUGCAAGAACCAUCAAUGCAAGCGGGUUCUUCAACUCGAAACGUGUAG